AUGACUCUAACACAAAUAAUUUCGCCAUUAGUUUCGUGUCAAGCCUUAAAGCAUCUUCUUCGUGCACCACCACGUCAAAUUACGGUGCUCGAAGCAGAUAUUGGCAAACAAUGUUAUAGUGAUUUUCAAGCAGGUCAUUUACCACAAGCUCGAUAUUUUGAUCAACUAGAAUGCACUACACCAACAGCAUUCAUUCCACGUGGAUUACCUGACAUGAACUGUUUCGAAGGCUACCUAACACGUUUGGGAAUUUCGAAUACACACCAUAUUGUUCUCUAUGAUCGCUCGCCGACAGGUUUCUUUGCCUCUGGUCGUGCCUGGUGUUUACUUAAGGGUGCAUUCACUGAGUGGCAACAACGUGCUCCGACAGAUAUGAUCAUUAAAGGCGAUGGAAAAUCUGUUUGA